UUGCCUCUCUCUCUAUAGAUGGUUGGCGGAGGGGGGAGGAGGAGGACGAGAGUAGAAAGGAAAGAAAGAGCGGGGGGGGGGAAGGAAAGUUUGCAGUAGAAGUAAAAAAAAAGAGUAGGAAAGAAAGAGCAAAACAAACAAACAACAAAAAAAAAGAUUGGGGUAGAAGUAAAAAAAAAAACCUCCCCCACGCCCCUUUGGCAAACUUUAAAGAAAACUUUGAGAGGUCCUAAAAGGUCCUUCGGGGGGGGGGAAGGAAGAGUUCCUCCCACCCCAAGAUAUAUAGAUAGAUAUAUUUUAAAAAAUAGGUUCGCGUCCCCCCUUCCUCCUCCCCAAUUCCCCAACUCCGUUUUUUGCGCAAGGAUGAAACUUUUUCUCUUCUGCUUCUUCCUCGUCCCGCGGGUGGAUUCGCGUAGCUACCCAGCCAUCAUAGCUCCCCAAGACGCCACCCUCCACAUUGGUGCUUCAUUCAUAGCCAACUGUUCCGUUACGUCCAAUUCAGGCCUGAAGGCCGAGGACCUUUACUGGACCCUGAAUGGCCGAAAGCUCCCAGCUGAGACCUACAAGGUCUUGGGGGCCACCACCCUGAGCGUCACCCUCUCCCAGAUGAAUGGAUCACGGCAGCAGUCAGGAGAUAAUCUGGUGUGCCACAGCAAGGAAGGCGGAAGCAUCUUGGCUGGGUCGUGUCUCUAUGUAGGACUGCCUCCCGAAAAGCCAACCAACAUUUCUUGCUGGUCCAAGAAUUUGAAAGACCUCACCUGCAGAUGGAUACCUGGGUCGGAGGGCGAGACACACCUGCAUACCAAUUAUACCCUGAAAUAUAAGCUGAGAUGGUAUGGCCGUGACAAUAUCUGCCAAGAAUAUCACACUGCUGGCCCAUAUUCCUGCCACAUCCCCAAGGACUUAGCCCUGUUCACACCUUAUGAAAUUUGGGUAGAAGCAUCCAAUCGACUUGGGAUGGCUGUGUCUGAUGUGGUGAUGCUGGAUAUCGUGGAUGUCGUCACAACCGAUCCACCCUCGGAUGUCCACGUGAGCCGCGUGGGAGACCUGGAGGACCAGCUCAGUGUGAGGUGGAGUGCGCCUCCCGCCCUGAAGGAUUUUCUCUUCCAAGCCAAGUAUCAGAUCCAGUACCGAGUUGAGGACAGUUCAGAAUGGAAGGUUGUCGACAAUGUUAGCAACCAGACUUCGUGUCGGCUGGCAGGCUUAAGACCCGGGACGGUGUAUUUUGUCCAGGUCCGCUGCAAUCCGGUCGGUAUCUACGGCUCAAAGAAAGCUGGUAUUUGGAGUGAUUGGAGUAACCCAACAGCAGCCUCCACCCCUCGGAAUGGACGGACACCGGGAGUUUGUGAACCCAAGAAUGGAGAACAUAACAACACACUACGCCGAGAGCUCAAGCAGUUCUUUGGAUGGAUGCGCAAACAUGGAACCUGUGCCAAUUUGAGCAUCAAAAUGUAUGAUCAGUGGCGGGUGGCACUGCAGAAGUCCCACAAAACACGGAACCAGGUCCUAUCCAGUGACAAAUUGUAGCUUGGAUGGAUGGUGGAACUGGGUGUUUCGCUUAAGAGCCCACCCGGUUGCUGGAUUCAGGCCUGCCGAGGAUACACACAAAGGAAUCCAGGUGCCUUGAGCGGCAUUGCCAAGAUUGUAUCACCACCACUAACACCCUUUCUGCAAACUAGCUAGAAGCUGGGCAGAGGGCAGUCUACACCUCUUCACCCAGAGUAACUCUAAAUCAGCUUCUUACAUACGAUGUGCUUCAGCCAAGUUGGAUGUUUGAGUUUUCUAAUUAUUAUAUAAAGGCGUUCCCCCUUAGUUGAAGGACAUUUUGCUGGGAAAAGAACUCUCCGUGCCAGUUUUCUUUUUUACAGUGCCAAGAUAAAAAUCUGUAAUCCAGCCAGGUUUUCCCUCUAAGCAGGCCCUAAAGAGGUUCCGUUGCUUCAGGAGAGUCAUUUUCUUCUUAUAUUCCUCAGUUAUGAAAUUGGAAUCGGCAGCUGAUUGAAAAGCGGAAACGGCUAAAGAAACGAGCUGUGUCAUCAGGAAAAAAGAAACAGGUUUAUAUUCAACCUCCAAAUUCUAAAAAGAAGAAUGAAAAAAAUUGGUUGUGAAAUUUCACAGGUUUUUUUUUUGUUGUUGGUGUGCUCUGCUGUCAAAAAUAUUAAGUAUUCAAUACCUAUUUUAUGUCCGAAGCAACAGUUUUUUUUUACCUCUGCGAAUCUGGGAGGUUUUGCACCCAGAGCCGAACCCAUCUUUUGAACUGAUGUCACCUGCCUCUCCUUUUAAUUGGGCCAAACCAGCAUCUUUGUUUCCAACAGCAUUAAAGGCAAAAAGUUGGGGACAAAGACCACAAUCUCAUUAUUUGUUGCGUUCUACAAUUAUUCAAAAGUAACAUGCCACUGACCUUGGACAGGCCAUUUAGCUCAUCUCAGAAAGGGAAGUAUGGCGUCUCUCAUUUUUAUGGCAUUUAGAAAAAAAAAAUUAGCCAUCCUAAUUUCCCUCACUGUUUACAAAUGCUGCCAUUUUCAACCAACACGGCCCUGUGGCAGACAAUAGAGUUUGUAUAGGUAGUCCUUGACUUACAACAGUCCACUUAGUGGCCUUCUGAAGUUUCAACGGCAUUGAAAAAAAUGACUUAUGACCAUUUUUCACACAACCAUUGCAGCAUCCCCUCUAUGGUCACGUGAUCAGCAUUCAGACGCUUGGCAACCGGCAUGUUAUCUACGACAGCUGUGGUCUCCUGGUGUCAUGUGAUCACCGUUUGCAAACUUCUGACAAGCAAGUCAAUGGGGAAACCAGAUUCAUUUAACAACCAUAUUACUAACGAGCAAUUCGCUUAACAAUGGUGGCCAGAAAGGUUAUAAAAUGGGGCAAAACUCAAUUAACUACUGUCUCAUUAGCCACAGAAACUUUGGGCCUAUUUGUGGUUGUAAAUCAAGUAAGUAUCUGUAAUUCAGUAACUUGGAAAACCCAGUGCUGGGGAUGUAUCUGGGAUUAGCCAUGACAGUUUAGGACACGGGUAAGCAACCUUGGCUCUUUUCUGACUCGUGGACUUCAACUCCCAGAAUUCCUGAGCCAGCAUGGCUCAGCUUGGAAACUUCUCCCUGUCCCCUCAGCAUGGCUGGCUCAGGAAUUCUGGGAGUUGAAGUCCACGAGUCAGAAAAGAGCCAAGAUGCCCUACCCCUGAUUUAGGACUACAAUCCAGAAUUGUAGGGUGCAGGGUGAACAUCCAAAUAAAUGCUCAGUGUUAAAAAUGACCCACCUCCAAACCCAAUUUCUUAAUCCCUUGUAAAGAAAGACUUAAGCUUUCACUCCAACGGAAAAGUAGUACGAUGAAAGAUGAGGUUUGUAAAAACAGACCCUGGAGCUGCCAUUUUGACUUUUUUGCCCCCCCCUCCCCGUCUCCCUCCUUCCCAAAGGAUGCCCAUCUGGGGCUAACCAAUCAAUAAAACAUCUGGUCUGUUCAAGAUAAUAAAAAAGAGAGAUUAGUAAAAAA